AUGGACGCUGACCAUUUGGCUGUGCAAGCUAUCUUUCCGUAUCUAGCCGGUGGAUCAGCAAUUUGCUGUGCUCUAAAUAUUGCUAUUGUUACCGUGAUCGCGAAGAACGAGUCGUUAAGAGGGAAUUUUUACAAGAUCUCGGUAGUACAGACCAUCAUGGAGCUCCUGUGGGCCCUCGUCUUCUUCGUCCUGAUCCUCCCCUCACAAAUCGGCUACUACGCAAUCACAUUCGAGCAGAGCGACUUUCUCACGGCAAUCGCGCAGCCAGUACGAAUGCUUCUCUUUACGGCGGCAAUCCUGACGACGAUUGAGAGGGUUACGAUAGCACAUGCACCGGAAGUGGGCUGGACCCUGUUUCGUCGUGGGCUGAUCCUAGCUCUGAUCUUUGUUAUCCCCACUUUUCUCGUCGCCAUCAUCUUUCGUGAUCGAGACGAGUGGACGUCGAGAGUGGAUUUUACAGAAUGCGAUACUACGAUCGACUGCGUACUCGAGUUCAUCCUAGAAGGAGCCCUGUUUGCCCUGACCAUCGCCGCCGUCAUCUCGUUUGUAUUGACAAUGAUUGGAGCGAUAAAGAGUGGAAGCAAGGAGGUUAGGAAAAACACGCCCACGCCAUUGCCACCACCAUCG